AUGCAGAGAAGCCCUUUGACACCCAGUGGAAGUGCCAUGUACAGACACAUCAUGGCGUGUCUGAGGGUUCGGCGCAGUGCAGCUGUGCUCCCUAUUGCAGUCACCACCGUGCAUGUUUGGUUCACUUCGCGACGCUGGUGCGCAGGCUUUCCUCAGGGUUCAGAAGCGUCUGCCAAACUACUGGAGCUAAUGGACGCCUUUUCAGAGGCGCGUGAACUUAUUGAGGAAGCAAAGGAGAGCGCUGGUACGGUUUAUGCCGCGGAGGACAUGCAGGAGGCUAAAGAGCAAACAGAGAAAACAUUGGCUCUGUGGAGAGAGCUUCAGACACACU